GUCAGCGCCUAAUAUUUUUUCCAUCUCUCUACUGUUCGGAUCGAUGUGUUACAGAAUGGCCAAAGAUGCCAAAUGAUGCCAUGGCUUGGAAACCCUCCGGCUCUGUUUUUGCCUCGAGGUCUUUCCGGCUUCCUCCCUUCCAUGUUCUUUCUCGCGCACCCGGCAAAUCCAUACAAAUUUAGUAGAUCUGAUGCUGGCCCUCAAGUCGAAGCGAAGACGGCUUUGGUGGCGCCUGCUGGUUUCCCCCUGUUUCAGCAACAGGCAAACGGGCCGGCCACGGCUUGCUCCUGUUUCGCAUAACGGAGAUCGCCCAGUUUGCUCGGUGAGGGGCCGGCUGAGGGCGGCCUUCGGGUUGGUUGCCCUGGGACUCCCUGGGUUGCCAUGCCCUCGCCCUACCUUGGCUAUACGCACCUGCCCUGCCGUCCUCAGCUGCCCCGCAACCAGCGAGCUGGAC